CUUGCUCUUGCAAGGGUUCACCUAGAAAUAGACACUCAGCCACAGCGACACGCGCUCGUUCGGUACAGCGCGUCCAUCUCACUCUCUCCCGAAGCUCUUCACUCUGUGCAUUACUUAGAGGGUUGUCUGCCCCCACUAGAUUAACCCCACCACCUCCUCCUACGUGACCUCUAAAUCCCCUUCACGCUCCGCCUCCUCGCCUUUUCUGCCACCCCCCUCGGGCUGUCAGGCUCGAUCUCCCGCAUAACCGACGACACAAAGUGCAAGAGAGGAGCCUCGACGUGGAUUGCUUGAUAGUUGACGCUGCUUCCGUCCAUAAUCUCCAUCUGCUGCCUCCGUGAAGCAGGCCGGACAUCAUGGCGGACGACGAAGGUGCAUCACCACGCGAACUCAUCCUCGAGGCUUGCCGGCGAAACAACGCCUCUCUCCUCGAAGAAACCUUGGCCGAUCUCACCUCCGCAUCCAAAAAGGCCGGCAAGAAACCCGCCGACUACAUUGCGGAGGUGCUGAACAAGAGCCAUGAUGGGGUUGGGAACGGAUGCUUGCAUAUCGCAGCGACCUAUGGAAGCUAUGACGUCCUGGACGUCCUGCUGGAUCAGGAAGGCAUCGAAAUAGACGAGAUCGACCGCAUGGAGCGCGACACGCCCCUUCACAAAGCCGUCCGCUACGUCAACUCUCUCUCAAAGGCCGAAUGGUCGUCCGGCCACCAUAUCGUUGACAUCCUGCUGGACGCUGGAUGCGACCCCCGGAUACGCAACAAGGCCAAGCUGAAGCCGGUGGAACUGGUGGAUCCGCGGAAUGCUGAGCUUAGGAGCAUUCUGCAGAAGGGGGAGUUCGCAAUGACCGCGGGCGAUGAUGUUGUGCAAGAAGAUGACGAUGGGGCUACGGGAAGCGGGAGCGAUAGCGACUAGCAUUUGAAUUGUAUGCUCUUCUGCGAGAGACUGGAAUGGCGUUGGUGUAUUCUUAGACCUUGAAGCGUUCGAAAGCGAUACCGAUUAGCCUCUGAACUGCAACUAACAUACCUUGAAGGCCACCUCACAGCAUCAUUAUAUGUUUCAAGCUUUUCGCAAGUACUUGCUAUGCAACGCCUCGUCGUAGAAAUCCGUAC